CUUGACAGAUAAAACAUGCACGUAAUCAAACGCGACGGACGCGUGCAGGCUGUUCACUUCGAUAAAAUAACAUCAAGGAUUGUAACAUUAUGUUACGGUUUGGAUAUGAAUUAUGUAGAUCCCUCUGCUAUUACUCAUCGUGUCAUAUCUGGUUUUUAUUCUGGGAUGACAACAGUUGAAUUGGACAUCUUGGCAGCUGAUAUUGCAGCAAGUAUGGUCAAUCAGCAUAUGGAUUACGAAAUUUUAGCAGGCAGAAUUGCCAUAUCCAACUUGCAUAAAGAGACAAAGAAAGUCUUUAGCGAGGUAAUAACUCAAUUGUAUCAUGGACACAUAUCAAUCAUGAACAAACGUUUACCCAGAAUUUCUGAGAAAUAUUUUAUGAUUAUUCAAGAUAAUGCAGACAAACUUAAUUCUGCCAUAAUAUACGACCGGGAUUUUAAUUAUAGCUAUACUACAUUUAAAAUCCUUGAAAGUAAACACUUGUUAAAAUUAAACGGAAAAGUAAUUGAGAGGCCACAACAUAUGCUGAUGCGAGUUGCUGUAUGUAUUCAUGGUGAAGAUGUCGAUAAGGCUAUUGAGACCUAUAAUUUUCUAUCAAAACAAUAUUUUAUACAUGCUGCCCAGACUCUGAAUACAGCUUGUACUAUUAAACAGCAAAUAGCCAGUUCAUUUCUAUUGACGAUGUCUGAGGAUAGUAUAGAUGGAAUACUAGACUCUUUAGAAAGGGCUGCUAUUUUAUGUUAUCAUAAUGGUGACAUUGGUUUUAAUGUACAUUGCAUUCGUGCGAAGAACACACCCAUACGUGGUACAGGAGGUGUAUCAAAUGGAUUGGUUCCUAUGUUAAAAGCAUACAACACAUCUAUCCCAACUGUUUGCAAGAAUAGCAAAAUUGAAGGUCCAAUUACUGUAUAUUUGGAACCAUGGCAUUCGGAUGUAUAUGAGUUUUUGGAACUUAAGAGGAAUAUUGGUGAAGAACAAUUGAGAGCUAAGGAUAUGUUUUAUGCAUUAUGGACCCCAGACUUAUUUAUGAAACGUGUUUUUGACAAUGCUGAUUGGAGCCUAAUGUGUCCACACGAGUGUCCUGGAUUGAUCGAGACUUGGGGUGAUGAAUUUGAAACUCUGUAUACGCGAUAUGAAAAGGAGAAACGUUACCGGAAACAAGUUAAAGCCAGAGAUUUAUGGCUUUUCAUAACUCAAUUACAAGUUCAAACGGGCACACCAUACAUAGUCUAUAAAGAUCAUUGCAAUCGCAAGUCAAAUCAUCAAAACUUAGGCACAAUUCAAUGUGGAAGUUUUUCCACUGAGAUCAUUCAGUAUUCGAGUUCUGAUGAAGUUCCUGCGUGUAAUACAGCUGCGAUUGCUGUCGACAUGUUUGUGAAUUCUACGACGAAAACUUAUGAUUUUUCUAAGCUUAAGGAAGUAACAAAAAUUGUUACUUACAAUUUGGACAAGAUGAUAGAUGCCAAUUUAUAUCCUCUUGAAGAAGCAGCAUGGUCUAGUAGGCAUAGAGCUAUCGGUAUUGGUAUAACGGGUUUGGCAGAUGCAUUUAUCUCGAUGAGAUAUCCAUUCGAAAGCAAAGAAGCUAAAAAACUCAAUGUACAAAUUUUUGAGACGCUCUAUUAUGGUGCCUUGGAAGCUAGUUGCGAAAUGGCUAUUGAAAAUGGCCCUUAUGAGACUUACAAAGGAAGUCCAGUUAGUAAAGGCAUUUUACAGUAUGAAAUGUGGAAUGUAAAACCAACGGAUUUAUGGGACUGGGACACUUUAAAGGCAAAGAUUGCGAAGCACGGAAUACGGAAUUCUCUAUUAAUUGCGCAAAUGUCUGAUACUUUCAUGGCGCAAAUGUUGGGAAACAAUGAAUCAGUUGAGCCAUAUAUAAGCAAUAUAUGUGUAAUGCAAGUACUAUCUAAACAGUUUCCAUAUGUUAAGAUGCGAUUGUUACGAGAUCUUCUUGAAAAAGGUCUUUGGAAUGAAGACAUGUGUAAUAAAAUCAUUGCUAAUGGUGGUUCUAUACAAAAUAUCGAUGAUAUACCUGACGACUUGAAAUUACUUUAUAAAACUACUUGGGAAAUGCCGCAAAAAACGAUCUUUGAAAUGGCAGCUGCUCGUGGACCUUUUAUUGAUCAAUCGCAAUGUUUGAAUGUUCACAUGAUUGAUCCAACGGAUAAGCUUACAUCAAUGCAUUUUUAUGCUUGGGAAAUUGGCUUAAAGGCUAGUAUGUAUCAUCUCAAAACUGAAGACUCUACUGAUUGUAUUCAAGCUAAAAUAGACAAAUAAAAUUCUUAACGACGGCA